UCACGGAAGAGCCUCUAUGAUGACUGUUGUUGAUAAGCCGUUGUUUAGUUUGUUUGUUUGUUCUUUUUAUGAGAGACUGCUGCAAGUCACGCCUAAUACCUGGAUGGAGAGGCUUGAGAGAGCAUUAUGUUUGGCUAUGUAUGUAUCGCGUUUUUAUCCGUAGUGUUGGCUGCGCUGUUUAUGCCUCGUGACUGGUCCACACAAUUUGGAAAUGAAUUGCCUCAAGUGGCACCUGUGCGGCUCCUAAGCAGGCGUGAGUUAUCACUGUACACCGGGGAGGAGGGCAGCAGGGGCCUUUAUCUGGCUCUCCUUGGCGAGGUGUUUGAUGUACACAAGGGCCACAAGCACUACGGACCCGGUGGUGCUUAUCACUUUAUGGCAGGUAGGGAUGCUUCCCUGGCCUUCGUCACUGGUGAUUUCACAGAAAGUGGGCUGACAGAUGAUGUGUCCAACCUGUCCCCACUGCAGGUGGUGGCCUUGUAUGACUGGCUGGCCUUCUAUCAUAACAACUAUGACCCUGUAGGUCGGGUAGUAGGCCAAUUCUAUAGUGAGAGUGGGCAGCCUACAGAGGCCUUGCGGCAGGUCAAGGCAUCACUAGCAGAGGGCCAGCGGCUCAAGGCCCAGUCCCAGGCUGAAAGGGAACAAUACCCAGCCUGCAACUCAGAGUGGAGCGCUGCCAGGGGAGGAAGAGUCUGGUGCUCCAACAAGAGUGGGGGAGUGGAAAGACACUGGACGGGUGUCCCCAGGAAGCUCUUCUCUCCUGGCUCCAGCAGCUCCCGUUGCAUCUGUGUAAGGGACCCCUCUACAGCGGAAAAUCCCAACCUGCAGGAAUACGAGGGCUGCCCUCCAAAUGCUGAGUCAUGUCCUGUUGGAGAGUAGUGGGCUCUGCACUGACUCAUAUGUCAUGGAACUAAUAAGACUCCUGCCAAUGCUGCAGGCUGUGAUAUAGGGACUUUUCCUCUGUGUUGUCAAUGAAGAACCUGUUCGCAAACAUGAUCAAAAUCACAUAAAGGUGAAGAAAACAAGGAUAGGAGGUAGAGACAAGAGAAACGCACACCAUAUUCUUAUUUUGAUGACCUUUAUGUAAAGUUGUCCUCCCUUUCUCUAAAAGGAUACACCAGGAAGAAACAGGCUAGAUAUCUGAGCAUACAGAUACAAUACAAUGUGCAUAAAAGAUUAAACAAUGUGCAUAAAAGAUUAACAGAGGCAAGAUUUAAGUUUGUCACAAUGACAAGCACAAACUGCAUUAAGUACAAAACAGUUGUAGUGGUCAAAAAUAUUACACAUUUAUCUGUACAAUUUAACAAUACCUAAAGUGGCCCCACUACUUGGCCAUCUCGCCACUCCACAUUCUCCCAAAUGAUCAGAAAUGUCAUGUAAUCUUGAUAAAGUGCACCUGUUAGGCUUAGAAAUGAUUAAGCAUUACAUGUGAUGGGUCAAGACAACAACUUGACUUGAGGCAACAUUGCAGGAUAAUUUUCUCUCGUUCCAAUGAAGACCUCAACAGGCCAAAAACUGAUAAAAUGGAAUGUAAUAAUUUGGUGACAGAUUUUGGAAACAUGAUUCAUGAUUAUGACAGUAACACAUAAAGGCUACAAAUUAUAUGACAUGCAUAGGCAUAACAGGUAUUUCUGUAACUCCACGAGGAUUAUUAUCUUGUUUUAGGGAUGUUUGUGGUCCUCAUGAUAAAAAAAAAAAAAAAAAAGGUUUAUUAGAUCACAUUUUAAAAACUGCACUUUACCAUCAAAUCAUUUGGGCUGAUGCUUGUAAAUGGUACACCAUGUUCCAACCACAUGGGGGGAAAAACACUGGAUUUCUAAAUAUGAAAUAAACUUGAUCCAUCUCGAUUUUA